UCAGGAUUAACUGGCAUUUUUAAUUCUCCUAAUUAUCCUAAAAAAUAUCUCAAAUAUACAGAUUGUCAGUGGAGAAUUGAAACUGUUGUGGGAUCAAAAAUACAGCUGACAUUUGGAGAUUUUGAAUUUGAAAAUCCCUAUGAUUGGAUAGAAGUAAGAAAUGGUGAUUCCAGUUCCUCUGAGUUAUUUGAGAGAUUUAGUGGUGAUAAUUUACCUAAAGUUAUUAUUUCAUCUGAAUCUGAAUUAUUUGUGAAGAUGAAUUCUGAUUUUUCGUAUGGUAUGAAAGGUUUUAAUGCUACAUAUAAGAUAGCAAUCUACUGUCCUAAAGUCUUACCACCAGUCAAUGGUAUAGUUUUUGCUGAAGACAAUAGAUAUGGUGCUAGUUUAAUAUAUAAAUGCAAAGUAGGUUAUAGAUUGGUAGGAUCUGCUGAAGCUCAUUGUCAAGCUGAUAAAACUUGGUCUAGUCCAACACCAACUUGUCAAGGUAUGACACCUAAACCUCAAUGA